AUGGCUAUGGAGUGUUUCAAAUUUGGGCCUAAAGGGUCUGCCCAUGAAGAGGUGCGGCAAGGAUCCAAAAAGUCAUGGGAGCACAUCCUGACCUUGGCAAGGCCCUUGCCGAACGGCAAGGGUCAAUUGGAGACUUAUGUGAGCAUUCCCCUCUUCGGCAAAACAAGAGCCCAAGAGGGCUUGGUGAUCCAUGCCAUUCGGCAAGCAAGCCAAAAGGGCUUUGGUUCUUGGUUUAGGCAAGGGGCCUGGCGGGGCCAUGUGGAGCUGGGUCAAGUACUAGGAUGA